UAUUGGUGGCCUUGAAUUACGAAGGAAGCUGAACCAUGAAGUUCGGGGUUCGCUAUAUGAUUUUUUGACUGCCUCCGAUAGGUCGAUAGUGAACCAUUUCCCCGGUGAGCCCCGAUACAUACCCAGGUACAUUUGCACCAGAUCAGAAGAAGGCGAAAUGAGGCAGUGCUGAAUGUAGUAGUAGUAAUAACUCAUCACCUAUGUCACAGUCCCCGACAUUUUUUUAUUUCCCCUUUUUACCAAGGGUGGGACCACGAUCAUGCCAGCGAUGGGAUUCUUAGAUGUGAUUGACGUCUGUGACAACUUCCCACAGCAUGACGAUGCUAUUUGGAAUGCCUCCAUGUCACAAUUAUGGCGGUUUUUCCUACCGGGAGAUGAUCGCGCAUUUGGGUAUCUGACUCAAGCUACCAUAUCUCAAAUGCCGUGGACAUCAGAUUUCAAAAUAGAUGAGUCUACCAAAACCGUCCACUUAGCGCCAGAAGACAUGAACGACAUCGUCGCGUCUAGCACCGCCGCCAUAUCGAGGAUUUUGAAAGUAGCCCAGGAUGCCAAAUCAUUCCCAAGGCUUUUAAACUGGCCCGGGGAGAAAUUUCCCGUCCUCGGUGCCCCGUUUCCUUUCGCGGUCGACCGCGCCAUAGCGACGUACUUCGGGAUCGUGUCUACGGGCGCGCAGCUCACGAUUUUCGUGCGCGGUAAGACUGCAUCCGUUACUGGGAUCUGGAUCGCGCGGCGUGCAGCCGACAAGCCUAUGUAUCCAGGCAUGCUAGACAACGCCGCAGGAGGAGCGGUUGACUAUGGCGAAACACCGUUCGAGAGUCUCGUGCGCGAAGCGGACGAGGAGCUGGGAUUUGAUGUUAAGGCCGCCGUGUCUGGCGGCUCUAUCUCGUGGUUCAACAUCAAGGACGGUGAGGUGGGGGGUGAUCUGAACCUGGUGGAAUGCGGGGUCCAAUAUGUCUACGACCUGGAGGUUGACGCCGAAACUGUCUUGCAUCCCGCCGAAGCUGGGAUCGAUUGGUUAAGGCUGCUGAGUGUCGAUGAGGUGAAAGACGCUCUACGACGGCAAGAAUUCAAGCCAAGUUGCGCGUGUGUUAUGAUCGACUUUUUCGUGCGGCAUGGGAUUAUCAAUGCUGAGAACGACAGGGACUUUGCGGAGAUUGUGGCGAGAUUGCAUCGUCGGCUGCCGUUGCCUACGACUUACCCGCUGAAGACGGCAUGAUGCGUAGCGUAGUUGAUAGUGAUUGAGUACCUAUAGAAUACCUAGGGAUUUAGCGUUAAAAUCCAUAAAUUGAAAUGAUUAUCUCUCCAGGGAUACCACCUA